AAGCGUGAAGAGCAGUCAGGGAUGUUUGAAUGCUAUCGCACUCCAAUCUUAAAGGCGAAGCUUAAGCAUCAUUCAAAUUUUUUGUCGACUCACGGACGUGGACGCAUAGGGGGCCACUCGCGAACGCAACCAGUCAUCUGUUCUUUUUUUUUCUCUUUUCGGCGCUGCGCCUUCUCGUGUCCAAUCUUCGUCCUUUAUUUCUAUUUAUCAACGGGGCGUUCUCUAGCAAGAAAGCGUGGCAGAAAAGGAGCUCUGAAGAUGGAGACAGCCAAGACGAGAAUGAAACAUCGGGGCUGCGAUCGGAGAUCGUCGUUGGGCGCGUUCGUUCGGUUAACGGCGCGCGGGAUUGGCCUACUCCGCGCCGACGCCGCGAGCCGCGUGGCGCGGCCACGUUUUUGGAGACGUCAAAAUGACGACACGCAAGAUGACGACGUCAAAUGACAAGGUGCAACCGAGCACGUUGUGUGCUAGGCGCCGAACCCGACGGGAGUUGGGAAGUUUGGAGCGAUCAUACACUCGUGACGCGCGCGGAUUCGCAUGGCGCGUCUGGUGGUUUGGAUUGGAUCCAACCGGCGGCUGCGGCUGCAGAAUAGCACGUUCGGAUCCAAUCCAUAGUUUAAUUUCAGAAAAUGGCGCUUGCGUUGGGAACUUAGGUUAUUGCGCUGGCGUUGCUCGAGGAUGAAGGAGAGCGGGUGGCGGUGCGAAACGCGUUUGAAGAAAUGGCAGAACGCGAAUUCCGGCGUCGCUUUCGUUUCUCGAAACAAAUAGCGCGUUGGUUGUACAAAAAAAUCGACCCCAUCAUCGGUGCCAGCAAGAAAAUGGAAUGUUGUUGCUGAUUCUAGAAAAGUGCGCCACUGUUCGCGCCGUUUCUUUUUUAUUUUUCUCCUCGCUGUGUGCGAUACCACCAACGGACGACGCAGAGAAACUAAUCGUUAUAAAUUCUACUAUUCACACGUAUUACUACUUGAAAACGUAUUUAAGCUUGAAAAGAAAAAAAAAAUACAUUUUUUAGUUAAAGAUUUCAUUCAUUGGAGGAAGACAAACAUUUCAUUUUGUAUAGUAUACUGUGUGGAAGCAGACGGCAGACGAGGGAAGUAAACUGCCGGGGAGUUCACUGCCACUUUGUGACGUUGCAGCAACCGAACAAAACGCGUAUCGAACAAAGAUAUUCGACCGCGCCCUUGAUUUCCGUUGCGUCAUCGAAGUCAUCCCGUUCCAAGCCGCCACAGCGCCAAUCGCAGGAGGGGCACAUGUACCCCGUUAUCGCCGGCGCGCAAGAAGGAAGCGCGGAAACAUGCACGCUUUCCACCACGGAGGAACGCGCAUGCGCGCAGCAGUCGGUCUCGACGACAGGGUUGCGACGCCAAAAGGCAAGGAGGGCCGUUUCGCCAUAUUUCGCCACGAGUUAGUGUAUGUGACAACGCAACAAGCUCAGUGUAUAUGCACCAGCGGAUGUGAAAUCGGCGGUAGAUGUAUGGAACGGCUGUCGCCGACGAUAACGAAGCACCCGCCGCGUUAUAAGCUCGGUGUAAGAAGCCACCGCGCUCUCGUGCGAGCGUAGGAUUCGUGCCCGAAGACACCGCCAUGCCGGAUCACGGACGAGGACGGGUGCACCGUUUUCGCGACCACGUCGUCGCCGGCGUCAACUGGCGACCGACGCGGUUCGUCGACGAUGUUCCCAGUUCACGUGUGUGCGGCCUCUGCCGCAUGAUACCGAAGCGGACGGUGCUGUUGCCGUGCGGUCACGCUCUGUGCCAAUCUUGCCACGCAGCCAGCCUCGAAGGGGGCUUUCAUCAGUGUCCAUUGGAUCAAGUGCAAUUCGAGAAAGCGGAAUGCGUGGGUUGUGAAUUCCCUAGCAGAACAGCGAACACCGUGAAGGUGUACUGCUGGAACGAAGCUCACGGCUGCGAGUACACGGGCACCGUGGACCGCAUGCUGGAGCACUACGAGAACGAAUGCACAUUUCACACAACGGAAUGUUGGCGAUGCAGCGAGGGAGUCCAGCACAGAGAACUGCCAAGGCACUACGUGAACGGAUGCAGGGCCGGUGUUUCUUCAGCGAUCACAGAGUCCUCGGAGCAUACAGCACUGACCGUUGCAGACAUGAAGGCGAUGUUGGGAUGCCUCAACCACGACCAGCUGCUGCCAGUGAUUCAGAGUCAAUUGAAUCAGCUUACAGAACAAGCCAGGAACCAGGAAGCCAGGUUUGCCGAGAUUACUCUCGAGCUAGGAGCAUGCGAGCGCAACUUAAAGGCCGAGAUAGAACAAAUUGCCGCCACGAUUUCAUCCACCGUGUCCCACCAGCUGACCUUUCAGCAAAGUACAUUGGAGGAAGUCAGCAUGUCGAGGUCGCUGUCGUUGCGCUCGGAACAGGAUCUGAUACUAAGAAAGUUGGAACACUUAGUCCACCUGCAACACUCGCGGAAAACUUCCCCGAAGCCUGAUUUCAGCCCGGUCAUUGCUCAUUGUGAGGCUUUGUACGGUGGCGUUCGGCAUUUGACCAGUGCGCUGUCGACAACCGCGCGGAUUCAAGAAAUUUCGUGGGCGACUUAUCUGCUGGCCCUACAAAACUGCGAGGAAAUCAUUCAGUUGCAGCGAGGGAAUAAAAAGCUUGCCGAGGUUACGGUGUGGCACAUGAGGGACACGUACUUUACUAUUGCCGUCUGGUUCUACAAUGGUUCUCCAUCUGAAUUGGCUGUGGAGAUCGAGUUUAACGGGAUGCUGGUGGACUCUAUGUGUUGGCCGCCUUUCUGGCACGUGCAAGCGGUGGAUAAAGUAACAUUGAAUGAACGCUCGUUGGCUUCCUGUGUGAGACGUUGUUACUGCAAGCGCGAUGAUCCCUCAUUGGAACACUUCCACCUCCAAUUUCGUAUAGACAUUGCCUCGCUAAAAAAUGACGGCUACCUCCGAGACGGAAAGAUAGAGUUUGAAAUCUUUCUGAACAAUAACGAAGAGGACAAUGGUGUCAAAGGAGCACCCUAACGUUCGUCAUCGCAGAAUGUGUACUGCACCGGAGAAUCCUCCUUGCCACUUCCCGAAUUGUGUCACAUUACCUUAACGAUUUUUUAAUCUCCUUUCUGCUAACUAAACUCAGCUCUGCGAAAUUACAUUUUUUUUUUUAAUUCGCUAUCCAUUGUAGCUGUCAACCUAUUGUUUUCUGAUUGUACUGGCUGUUCACUGUUUAUUUCUUGUGCUAAUACAGUUUUGG